AUUACCAGGCAAUUAUAUUUUAGUAUUGGUAGCGUUAGGUAGUAGAGUUUAGACUAUAAGGAAAUAAGUUCUAUUUUUAUAAGAAAACAAGAAAUAUGCUGAUCAAAAGCACAGUUAUUUUUGGACUGGCAUUGCUAAUUCGGUUAUCAAUUCAGGCCAGUGUACCCUCUGAUUCACAUUACAAUGCCGGGGUGGUGGAAUUUCGUUCGGCCUCGGCCUUGACAUCAGCGGGACGUUUGAAUGAUAACUUGCAAGGAUAUUUGGAUAUAUUGGCUCAGCAGGAAGCCGAAAAUUUGGAUAUUGUUAUCUUCCCCGAAAGUACUUUGAACAGCAACGAUCAAUCGACCUUUGUACCGGAUCCCACGAAAUUGUUGGUGGCACCUUGUGAUGAUGUGGAGAAUGUCUAUCAUGACUUCCUCAAGCAAUUAUCCUGUGCCGCCCGAAAGUAUGCCCGUUAUUUGGUCAUAAAUCUCACCGAAAAAGAGCUAUGCUCCAGUGUACCGGACGAUCCCAGACCCUGUGCCAGUUCCGGCCUUAAUAUCUACAACACCAAUGUGGUAUUUGACCGUCUGGGUCAGGUUAUAUCGCGUUAUCGCAAAGUCCAUUUAUAUGGUGAGAAUAAAAAUUCCACUUUGUUGCCGGAGUAUGGCUGGUUCGACACAGAUUUCGGUGUCCGUUUUGGCCAUUUCAUUUGCUUCGAUAUUUUGUUCUACACCCCGGCCCAGGAAAUGGUCGAUAAAUAUGGCAUCAAAGAUUUUAUCUUCAACACAAUGUGGUUCUCGCAGCUACCUUUCUUGACCGCCGUUCAAGUCCAUCAGGCCUGGUCCUAUGCCAAUGAUGUAAAUUUCCUGGCAGCUGGGUCCUCAAACCCCUCGGUCGGUAGUACAGGUUCUGGUAUUUACAAUGGACGUAAUGGCAUAAUUGUUGCCACCAUGAAUACCGGUCUGGGAGAGCGUAAACUCUACACAGCCAAGGUACCGAAAUAUGAAACUCAAACUCGUCGCCAAAGAAGAUCCAUUGUCCCGAAACCCACAAUACGUCUCUCCAAACCUGAUAUCUUUUUAAAACGUGAUUACUUGCAAAGUUAUGAAAGUGUUCUGGUCGAUUUGAAACAGGGAACGCAACUCCAAAAAGAUCUCUGCUUUGCCAACACCUCCUUCUGUUGCUCCUUCGAUUUGAAAUGGCAGCCGCUGGCAUUACAAGAGAACUCCGUGCACUACAUCUAUCGUCUGGGCGUCUAUGAUGGUCUGCGCAAUGAAGUGGCAGCCGAAACCAAUUUCUUGAAAAAUUGUGCUGUUUUCAGUUGUAUUGGUGAGGAUAUCAUGGAUUGUGGUAAAAUUUUCGAUUUCGAUACAGAUGUGGUGUUUGAAAAUGUUACCAUUACCGGUACAUUCCCCAAGGCGAAUGGUUAUCUCUUGAUGCCGAAUAGUUUGAAGGCAGCAGAUGUUAUGCCGGUGUCGGUGGGCCAGUUUGAGUGGUCUGAAGUGGCUGCAAAGAGCAAUCAAAUCCAGGUUCGUUAUUCUUUGAACACCACCACCAGCAACCUUUUGGCCUUCUCCAUUUAUGGCAAUUACUAUGAUAAUGAUGUUCAUGUUGAGAGCAAAGGUGAUGGCGCCAUGUCGAUUGGUAUUUCUGUAUUGUGUGUUGUUGUUGCAGCUUUAUUGAACUUAGUUUUAUAACAAAAAUGUGAGAUUGUAAAUAUAAAGCUUUGUAAAUAAAUUAAU